AUGGUCUCCGUCGCCACUAUCCCACAACCACCGGCGCUUACAGCCACCCCCUCCUUGAAGCCAUCAUCAAAGAUGAUCCCAUCUUCGUCUCCCGUAUCCAUCCUCAAAACCUCCAAGCCUGCGGGCACGAAACGCAAAAUGGCAGACCUCGACCGCAGUCUGUCUCCCGUCUCCUCCGUGUCGGAUAUCGAUGACGCCCAACCCUCGAAGAAGCGUGCCCGCGUCACGUUCAACGAAAACAUCCAGACCCAUUCCUGGAAUCAAAAUGAUCCGGCGACUCAAAGUGGAAUGAGUGUGGCAAUGGUUCGGGAAGAGAUUCGUGGGGCUAUUCAUCGCCAUGUUUCAUCCGGGGAAAGCGAGGCCUAUGACCAGAUCAAGGAGAUCUUCACUGCCGAUCCGAAGAAGGCUGCCGACACCGUCUACUCAUACGACCUUCCUACACACACCUCCUUGAAGAAUCAUCUCCUAGGACUUCUCUCUCACAUCGCCUCGCUGGACCGUGGUUGCAGCAGCCUUGUCCACGCCGUCCUUGAGAGUGAGUGGCUUGGUCGGGAUGAAGCCUACGUGAAACUCUUCAUCCGGUUCCUCGGAAACCUUGCAGCCGCGCAAGGUACCUAUCUCGGUGUCAUUUUCAAGAUGCUCGUCAGCAAGCUCGCUGGCGUUGCUCGUGGUACUGGUUGCCUCCCCGGCUACCCUGUAGUCCCUGUUUCUGAAAUCUAUGCUCGCGUCCACAUGGCCCUGCGUCACAUUGUCCGUCUGAUCCCGGCUGGUAGUGGCACUCUGUCGCCAGUUCUAUCCCACACAUUCCCAUACGAAGCGGAUCCUGCCAAGUCUUAUAUCGCCUACACCCAAAACCUCAUCCAGAUUAUCGGCUACGCUCCCGAGCUCCAGUCCGAUAUCCUCGCCCUCAUCACCGAAAAGCUGGUCAAGAUCGACGUUCAAAUCCAGGUCGAUUUGGAAGAUUUCGAGGAUGAACUUGGCGAGAACCUGUUGCACGGCGUUUCUACCGAUCCCGACGAAGAGCUCGACGACGAUGACGAUGCGUCCGUUUUGAGUGAAGACGAGGCCGACGAGGAUCGACGGGUCACCGAGAUCAAGGACAAUAUUCACAAAGUGGAUGGCAUGAUUGAUAUUCUUUUUGAGUUUUACAACUCUUCAUUCACGACGGGCACACUCGCCGACAAGCGAAACAGCCUGGACCUUAUUAUCAGCCACUUCCAAACCAUCAUCCUCCCUACUUACAAGUCCCGGCACUCGCAAUUCCUUCUCUUCCACUUCUCCCAAUUACACCCGGAUCUCCUCAGCAAGAUGACCACGUGCUUCUCGGAUUUGAUCUUCGGCAAAGUCCAGUCGGGCAUUAUCCGCCAAUCCGCAGCCGCAUACCUGGCUAGCUUCAUCGCCCGCGGUGCCCACAUCCCCAGCAGCCUCGUCCGAAAAACUUUCAACGAAAUGAGUGCACAGCUGGUAGAUAUGCACGACAAGUAUGACGCUACUUGCCGCGGUCCCGAUCUCCGCCGUUACGGCUCGUUCUAUGCGACUGCCCAGGCCGUGCUGUACAUCUUCUGCUUCCGCUGGCGUGAUCUGACGACCGCUUCUAUCGAUGGCGACAGCCCCCAGCAAGUGGACGAGCUGGAGCCCAGCCAAAUCGCCUUCCCGCCUAAUGUCAAGGAUACGCUAAGCAAAGUGAUCUACUCGCGCCUGAACCCGCUCAAGAUCUGCUCUCCGGGUAUUGUCAACGAGUUCGCCCGUAUUGCACACCACUUCCAGCUACUUUAUGUCUACCCUCUCAUCGAGAAGAACAAGCGUCUUCGUAUCAGUGCUUUCCGAAGCAUCGCCUCUUCUGGACUUGUCCAGAUGGAGCGUGAGAUCCGUGCUGGUGAUCAUCUCGGCUAUCAGCUCGACGCAUACUUCCCCUUCGACCCAUACCAGCUCCCGCGUAGCCGUCGCUGGCUGGAGGGUGAUUAUGUCGAGUGGCGCGGCAUUCCGGGUCUUGACCAGGACGACGAUUCGGAUAGCGAUGCCGACGAUGAGGGCGAUGAUGAGGAAGACCCCACAGCUACUGACAAGGAGUAG